AUGCCAAGAAUGGCAGCCAGCACCUCACGGAAGCUGCCAAAGCCUCAGGGUGGCAUGACCUUCGCCUGCGGCAACCCGCCCGGAGAUGAGUGCGACUUGGUAGGAGCCACAGUGCUUGCCAGAUCCUCUUGGGUCUCUCUCCGUCCGUACCGUCAAGGGGAUUACAAGCACGUUCUGCGAGGCGAGAGAGAUCGAACUGUUACUGGGAGACGGGAGAGGUCGGACCUAGGCUUGGAGGGAUCUCGAGGUCUGUCUGAAGAGCAGGGAUGGGCCCACACAGUCAUCGCCGACUUUGAGGUGGUGGCAGCGGAUGCUCUUUCCGGCUCGGGAGAAGGUCGAUGGACCGCGGCUGGACAAGAAUGCAAGGAAGAUCAGAGGCGGUACUGGAAGGAUGCAACGCCUUGUCCGUUCGGCAGAAAGGAAGGAAGGAAGCCCAACACCCUCCAUGACGUUCCUAGAGCAGACGAACCAUGCCCCCUCCAUCUCCGAAACCUUACCGAAAGUCAAGGCGGCGACCCCGACACGAGCCGGACGGCCGGUCUUCCAGAUACGAGUGACGUUUCCAUCGACUCCGGACUCGUGACAGACUGGCCAACCCGUACCUCGGAGAGAAGAAGAAGAAGAAGAAGAAGAAGCGCAGAAGAAGCGCAGAAAGAGCGCGCCGUGCGAAGCGCCAAAACGGGGCGACUCGGUGAAAUUCAACCACUACACCCGCCCCCGCGAGCAAACCUCUCCCGUGCUCCUCGGCGCAUGCACGAGAAGCUCCGGGCGGAGUCCGACGUCGAGGCCGUACAGCCGGCCCAUGAAGGCUCUGGGCCGAACUUUCGGAGCAUCAGAGAUGGGUACGGCGCGGAGGUGGUGAAGCGGUUCGGAGGGUUGAGGGUGCUGGGAAAGAAAUUCUUGGCUACGGGGCUGGUGCAGCUGUUUGGACGGAGGGGCAUGAGGUGGUAG